AUGGUUCUCAACGUCUUUAUGACCAAACAACGCUCCAAAGUCCAAGGCUUUGCUCGAAGCACCCCUCGUGUGAAGGUCAAGCUCAGCAAAGAAGCUCGAGCUGCCCUCACUUCCAUCCGACGAGAGCGCUCUCAGAAGUUCAAAAACGACCUUGAGGAAGCUUGGGAGCAAAUUGACAGGUCAACAGCCACUAUUGCUGCAGAAAACAGCAAGAGUAUUCAAUGUGUGCGAAAAGAUCUUUAUAUGAACCGUUCUCUUCAGUGUUCAAAGAGGAAGGCCAAUAGUUGGAAUGCGUUCUGCUGGAAGAAGAGUCAGGAGUGCAGUGGAGAGAACAAGGGUGUUGGUCCAAAGGCACUACAGAACAUUCUUCAUGCUCAUACCGCAGAAUAUCAUUCGCUAUCAGACGAUGAAAAGAAACAAUUAUUAGUAGAGUAUUCAGCACAUUUAGAAACAAAGAAGACUGGAUUUUGCAUGACAACGAAGUCUCGAAUCAACGACGUUACAGAGACCCUAAAGAUAAUUGAGAAUGAGCUGGAAAGCUUAAGGUGCCGGACAGGCAUCGAGGUCAUGCUUUAUGUGGUCCGUGGAUCGACAGAUUUGCCCCUCCGUGGGGUUACAUUUUCAACAGAGGGAAUUGAAACGUUCAUGAGAACUUGUAUGGGUAUCAACAAUCAGGACCUGCUUAGUAAGAUGGAGGGUUUUGCAAUUCAAGGCAUCGCAGGUGCUGCGAAGAACCAUCAGCAGCAUGUUGCCGAAGUAAGGGCCACAAUCCGAGCUGAGAUCAACAUGUCACUUCGUGCCAUUUCCGGGGAUCAGAAGGCAAAGAUGCAAUGGACACAGUACUGGCGGAACAUAAUCCAACGCUAUCAAGUCAAAAUUGAAGGCUGGCCAGAAAACAUUCCUUUCGGCAAUCUCAGCCGGAUUUCCAGUGCUCUACCUGACCUUGAGAUGCUCCUUCGGAAAUGGCAGUCUGGUGCUACAUACUGGAAGAAUCUCACAGACGAGGAGUUUAAGGAACUGAGCGUAGAGCAUGAUCACCAGAUAGAAUCUGGUGAUAUUCAGGUCCUGAAACGUCGGACUCGUUCUGACAAAGGUGAGAAGAGAGCAAAGAAUCAGAAGGCCGAUGACAAGGCAAAAAAAGGAAAGACUUACAAAAGUGCCGCUGUAGUUGACAGUAGCAGCAAAGACGAGGCUGUUACUGACACAUUCACAGUCAGUACAGGUCCUGCAACAACAAAUACCACAGCCGUAGCUGACAAACCCGCUGCUGAUACGAGCACCGCUAAUCCACUCGUUGCUGACACAACUGGAAUCAAUUCACCCAAUGCUGACAUACCCACUGCUCAAUCAGAGCCUCCUGUUGCAUUGCCAGUCAGCACCAAUUUGCACAUGCAACAGACACUCACCUCAACAUGCAGUUUUCCGCCUUUGUCUGGGUCAUUCCCCGGAAUUGAUGUCGGAAAUCCUUAUGAUCCUUUCGAGUUGUGGACUAAUGGAUCAUUCACAACGCAAGUCCCUUCGCUAUUGUAA